AUGGACGACAAAAUCGACCCGGUCAUUCACGAGGAGAAAGGCGACCUCCCCAGCCAGGUCCUGAUCAUCGACUUCGACCCUCACGAGCAUCCACACAGCUGGCCCAACUAUCGAAAAUGGACAAUCCUGCUCACCGUCACCCUCCCCAUCUUUCUCAUGCCCUUGUCAUCCACCAUCCUGGCCCCCGCUGUGGACGCCAUCUCCGCCGAAUUCCACGUCAUCUCGACAGUUGAAGGCCCUCUGACGGUCUCCCUGUUUCUGCUCACCUACUGCCUGGGACCGCUGCUGCUAGGCCCCCUCAGCGAGCUGGUAGGCCGCGUACCCGUCCUACAAGUGGGCAAUGUUGUCUUCCUGGCCUUCAACCUAGCGGGAGGCUUUUCCAGAAGCAUGACCCAGCUACUGGUAUUCCGGCUACUCAGUGGUCUAGGCGCCAGUGCCUCAUUAGCCACGGGCGCCAGCACCAUCGGCGACGUCUUCCCCAAGGAGGAACGCGGCCUAGGCCUCGCACUACUCAACAUGGGCCCCGUUCUGGGCUCCUGCCUCGGCCCCAUAGCAGGCGGGUUCAUCACGGACUAUUCAACCUGGCGGUGGGCCUUCCACGCGACCUCCAUCUUCGGCGGCGUCACCAUCCUCACAGGUCUCUGUCUCUCGCGCGAGACCUACCCACCAGUCCUCCUGCGCCGCAAGAAGCACACGCUCCAAUCGACCCCAGCAUACAAGAGCCUCACCCUCCUCACCCGCUUCGAGAAAGACGCCCCCACAUCCACUCCGGACCCGCAAUCCCAAACGACCACCAAAGCCCUCACAGCCCUCUACAGCCGGACGCUCCUCCGCUCCCUCCACCUGCUCCUCACCCAGCCCAUCGUCCAAGCCCUCUCCCUCUACUACGGCUACCUCUACGGCCUCGUCUACCUGGUGCUAUCCACCUUCCCCACCCUCUGGGAAACCCAAUACCACCUCUCCACCAGCCGGGGCUCCCUGCACUACAUAGCCCCCUGCAUCGGCUACCUCCUAGGGGCACAAUUCUGCGCCCUCCUCUCCGACAAGAUCUACACGCAUCUCAAAUCCAGCAACAACGGCACCGGCAAGCCAGAAUUCCGGCUCCCACUGAUGAUCCCCGCCAGCUUUCUCGUCCCCGCCGGCCUCUUCAUCUACGGCUGGUCCGCGCAGUACAAAACCCACUGGAUCGUGCCGGACAUCGGCAUCGCGCUGCCGCUGAUGGGCGCAACGGUGAUCUUCCAGUGCACGAACGCCUACCUGCUCGAGGCGUACAGUGUCUUCGGCGCGAGUGCCAACGGCGGCGUGUAUAUCCUGCGCGGGUUGACCGGGUUCGGCUUCCCGAUGUUUAGUCCCGUCAUGUAUAAGGCGUUGGGCUACGGGUGGGGGAAUAGUAUCCUGGGUUUUGUGGCGCUUGUGGUCGGCUGUCCCAUUCCCUGGGUGUUGUGGUGGUUUGGCGAGAGGUUGAGGGCUAGGAGUAGUUUUGCUGAUAGGGAUUGA